GGAGGGGGAGGGGGACCUCCGCAAGAGACCGAGCGGCCCGGGUUGGAGCGCCCAGCCCCGCAGCGGAUCAUGGUGCAGCAGGCGGAGAGCUUGGAAGCGGAGAGCAACCUGCCCCGGGAGGCGCUGGACACGGAGGAGGGCGAAUUCAUGGCUUGCAGCCCGGUGGCCCUGGACGAGAGCGACCCAGACUGGUGCAAGACGGCGUCGGGCCACAUCAAGCGGCCGAUGAACGCAUUCAUGGUGUGGUCCAAGAUCGAGCGCAGGAAGAUCAUGGAGCAGUCUCCGGACAUGCACAACGCCGAGAUCUCCAAGAGGCUGGGCAAGCGGUGGAAAAUGCUGAAGGACAGCGAGAAGAUCCCUUUCAUCCGGGAGGCGGAGCGGCUGCGGCUUAAGCACAUGGCCGACUACCCCGACUACAAGUACCGGCCCCGGAAAAAGCCCAAAAUGGACCCCUCGGCCAAACCCAGCGCGAGCCAGAGCCCGGAGAAGAGCGCGGCUGGCGGCGGCGGCGGGGGCGCGGGCGGCGGCGCGGGCGGCGCCAAGACCUCCAAGGGCUCGAGCAAGAAAUGCGGCAAGCUCAAGGCCCCCGCGGCCGCCGGCGCCAAGACCGGCGCGGGCAAGGCGGCCCAGCCCGGGGACUACGGCGGCGCUGGCGACGACUACGUGCUCGGCAGCCUGCGCGUGAGCGGCGCGGGCGGCGGCGGCGCGGGCAAGACGGUCAAGUGCGUGUUUCUGGAUGAGGACGAGGAGGACGAGGAAGACGACGAAGAGUUGCAGCUGCAGAUCAAGCACGAGCCAGACGAGGAGGACGAGGAGCCCCCGCACCAGCAGCUCCUGCAGCCUCCGGGGCAGCAGCCUUCCCAGCUGCUGAGACGCUACAACGUCGCCAAAGUGCCCGCCAGCCCCACGCUGAGCAGUUCGGCCGAGUCCCCCGAGGGCGCGAGCCUCUACGACGAGGUGAGGGCGGGCGCGACCUCGGGCGCCGGGGGCGGCAGCCGUCUCUACUAUAGCUUCAAGAACAUCACCAAGCAGCACCCGCCGUCGCUCGCGCAGCCCGCGCUGUCGCCCGCGUCCUCGCGCUCCGUCUCCACCUCCUCGUCCUCCUCGUCCAGCAGCAGCAGCGGCAGCAGCAGCAGCAGCGGCGCCGAGGACGCCGACGACCUGAUGUUCGACCUGAGCUUGAAUUUCUCCCAAAGCGCGCACAGCGCCAGCGAGCAGCCGCUGGGGGCCGGCGCGGCGGCCGGGAACCUGUCCCUGUCGCUGGUGGAUAAGGAUUUGGAUUCGUUCAGCGAGGGCAGCCUGGGCUCCCACUUCGAGUUCCCCGACUACUGCACGCCGGAGCUGAGCGAGAUGAUCGCGGGGGACUGGCUGGAGGCGAACUUCUCCGACCUGGUGUUCACGUAUUGAAAGGGGCGCCCCGCUUCUCGCUCUUUCUCUCGGCGGGUGCAGAGCAGGGUUCCUUGGGAGGAAGUUGUGGUGGUCAUGAUGAUGAUGAUGGUGUUGGUGGUGGUGGUAGGGUGGAGGGGAGAGAAGAAGAUGCUGAUGAUAUUGAUAAGAUGUCGAGACGCAAAGAAAUUGGAAAAGAUGAAAAUUUUGGUGGAGUUAAAAGUGAAAUGAGUAGUUUUUAAACAUUUUUCUUGUCCUUUUUUUUGCCCCCCUCCCUUCCUUUAUCGUGUCUCAAGGUAGUUGCAUACCUAGUCUGGAGUUGUGAUUUUUUUCCCCUAAAAAUGUGUUUUUGUAAUUACUAUUUCUUUUUCCUGAAAUUCGUGAUUGCAACAAAGGCGGAGGGGGCGGGGCGGGGGAGGGGAGGCAGGACCCGCUCCGGAAGGCGCUGUUUGAAGCUUGUCGGUCUUUGAAGUCUGGAAGACGUCUGCAGAGGACCCUUUUGGCAGCACAACUGUUACUCUAGGGAGUUGGUGGAGAUUUUUUUUCGUAAGAGAUCUUAAAGAACUGGUGAUUUUUUUUUUUAACAAAAAAAGGGACCAUUGCAACUUUUUUAUUUUAUUUUAUUUUUUUGGAGGGAGAAAACUGAUGUCUUCUAUGCAUCCGAUUCUUAACAAAACUGCAGGGAGCUUGAAAAAAUGCAGACUGUACAAACGCUUACAAAAAAAAAACUGUGAACUGACUUAAGAUCAGAGUUUACUUUUCAGAUCAAAUUGUUUAUGGUUUUACAAAUGUGAUUUCUACUUGCCAACUUUUUUUUUGUAACUUGUUCCCUUAUACCUCCUUGAUUGAAUACCAGACAGCCUAGACCUCAGUACAAAAGGUAUUGAAACAUUUUUGAUACAUAACAGACCUCAGUCUUUUUUAAAAAUUAAUAUAUUUUCAGGCGUAUUUUUGUACAGUGAAAAGGGAACAUUCUUGCUGUGUUUUUUCAGUAAGACUUUCAGGCACUUCUUCCCUUUUGAUUUCUUUUUUUCCUCUGUUUUUUAGCAUGCAAGUAUGUUGGUACGUUAUGUCCUGGUUUAAAAAGGAUUAAAAUUUUAAAAUAAUCCUUGCAUCUAAAGGCCUUGUGGUUUAAAAAAAAAAAAGCAAACUUUUUUUUUGUACAGCUAUAGUAGAGAUUUGUUCAAUAUUUGUAGGUAAAGAUUUAUUGAAAAUGGUGAUAUAGACCUCAGAGCUGUUAUCUUAGUUUAAAGAUUGUAUAUGUACUGUACUAUAGUAGGACUUUAUGUAUCUCAUACGCUGUGAUGUGGAUGGGGCCCCAGAUGGAAGGUUUGAAACUGGAUUCUCGAUUUUUAGCAAAAAAGGAAAAAAAGGCACAUAGUUUAAAAAGUUUCUCAUUUUGUGCAAUAUAAUCUAAAUAAAGUACAGACCAUCUGCAUACUUUGUAGCAAAUGGUGGCAAAGCAGACUCAAUGCACUGUCGACAUCAUUGCCUGUUUUUUUUUUUUUUUUUUGUGCUGGAAGUCUGUAUCUUGACAAUUUUAAUAAAUCAGCUGGAACUGA